AUGCAGAGACAAAGGGUGCUAAAUGCCCACGAAGACUUGAAGAAUGCCCCUUCAUGGCAUCCAGAGAACUCUUUUCUAGUCACUCUUGAUACACAUCCUGCUUUACCCAGGACUCCAGAAUACAAGCUUAUAUUGCCAUACCCCCAGAGACUUCAGAAGGCAUCUAAGGACAAAAAAUUUUCCAAAUUUUUGGAGGUUUUUAGGAAGCUUCAGAUCAACAUCCCUUUCGGAGAGGCCCUUGAACAAAUGCCUAAAUAUGACAAGUUUUUGAAGGAGUUAUUCAGUAAGAAGAGGAAUUGGAUAGAAGAUGAAACAGUGAGAGCCUUAUAUGAUCUCAGAGCCAGCAUCAACCUCGUACCUCUUUCACUGAUGCAAAAGCUUCAAACUGAUGAGGUAAAACCCACUCGCAUUUUCUUUCAACGUGCUGUUUAUUCUAUUAAGUAUCCACUUGGAGUUGUUGAAGAUUUACUAGUGAAAGUGGGACCUUUCAUUUUCCCUACUGAUUUUGUGAUAAUAGAUAUGGAAGAGGACAAAAAUGCCUGUAUGAUCCUUGGAAGUCCCUUUUUGGCCACAGCAAAGGCUCUAAUUGAUGUAGAAUAG